GUCACAGAGCGGCUCGUGCAGCGGGGACCCUCUGCCGAGCGCGCGGCAGGUCUGUGUGAGGGUCUGCAGUUGGACUAGGAGGACAGGAGGGGUCACCUGCGCGUGCUGGACGGAGGUGGCGAGGAGCCCGACACCGGGCCAUAGAAUGGGGUGAUGAGGACUCUCCUCAAUGCAGAUGACUAGUGAUGGCCACAGCAUCACCUCCACAGUCGUUGGAAGAAAUAAACACGGAGCAGCAGCAGGAGCGACAGGAGCAGCAGGAACUGGUGAACUCGCUGGAGACCAUCGUUCUCACCAUCUUCCUCUCCAUCAUCAUUAUCAUGACGGUGUUUGGAAACCUGUUGGUCAUGGUGGCUCUCUGCAAAGACAGACACCUACGAAAGAAAAAGACGAACUACUUCAUCGUGUCCCUGGCCUUUGCUGACCUGCUGGUGGCGCUGGUGGUGAUGCCCUUCGCCGCGAUCGAGCUGACGACGGGCCAGUGGCGCUACGGGGAGAUUUUCUGCCUGGUGCGGACGUCUUUGGACGUCCUGUUGACCACAGCGUCCAUCCUGCAUCUCUGCUGCAUCGCGCUGGACAGGUAUUACGCUAUUUGCUGCCAGCCGCUGGUCUACAGACACAAGAUGACCCCUCUGAGAGUGGCAGUCAUGCUCAGCGGCUGUUGGCUCAUCCCCACAUUCAUCUCCUUCCUGCCCAUCAUGCAAAGCUGGAAUGCCAUCGGGAUCGAGGACAUUAUUGAAGAGAGACGAGCCCUGUCGGGAGGCUCCAACGACACGAGCUGCGUCUUUCUGGUCAACCGGCCGUACGCCCUCAUCUGUUCCGCAGUGGCGUUCUACGUCCCGCUGGCCCUCAUGAUCCUGGCGUACCAGCGGAUCUACGUCACCGCCAUGAGCCACGUGCGGCAGAUCGAGACGCUGCAGCGCGCCGGUUCGGCCCCCGUCGCCGGCGCACUCCCGGUCAUCGCCGUGAGGCCGUCCACUUCCUCCGACCCGCUGGAGCACUGUCGCUUCAGGACCACGGCGGGUUCCUCCUCCUCCUCGGAGCAGACUCCCGCGACAAACAGCCGCAUGCGCAUCGAGACGAAAGCGGCAAAGACGCUGGCGGUGAUCAUGGGCUGUUUCUGCCUGUGCUGGGCGCCGUUCUUCAUCACCAACAUUGUGGACCCCUUCAUCCACUACUCCGUACCGUGGCAGCUGUGGACAGCCUGGCUGUGGCUGGGGUACAUUAACUCGGGGUUGAACCCCUUCCUGUACGCCUUCCUGAACCGUGCGUUCCGGAGGGCGUUCCUGGUGAUCCUCUGCUGCGGGGACGAGCGCUACACGCGGCAGGGCAGCUGCUCCUACGGACAAACCCACCGAGUGUGCUCGGCCGCAUCCGUCAACGGGACUUCCAUGGCUUUGAGAUUGUCCUUCUUGCCAAACCGAAGCUACAGCGACAACGGGCGGACAAUCCUCGCCAACGAGCAGGAGUCUCAGGACUCUCUUGGACCACUAUGAGGAAAUGAACUGUGGAACUGUUACCAGAUGUGGGGAGGACUGAUGAGUUGGACUUCUGGACAUAGGCUACUGUGAAAUGAACCCGACUGAUCCAGUCAUGAGGAUACUAGAGAUUUAGUCCAUGGUCCAGCAUCAUCAUACAAAUGUUGAUCUGUGGAAGGAAAUCCAAAGGUUUAUGGCACAUUUGGUGUCUCAAAAACUAAACAUGCUGGUGCAGAAUCGCAGUGAUGAUCACAAGAUACUGGCAUUCAUGGGACUGUGGACAAGGUACCGACAUGUUUCUUGGUCCAUUCUGGCUGCAAAAAACCCCCCAAAGAACUGUCUGGUGUAUCCCAGUGUCUGGAUCACAGGAUGGAAAAUUCGAGUCGGCAGGUCAAGAGAAGUUGAGCCAAACUCUACUAACAACAUGUGCGAUAGGGGACGCCUUUGUUUUCUUCACCUUUCAGAUGACAUUCAACAUCGCUUAGACCUAACUUAAAACAACUUGAUGUAACGGAGCUCACUGCCAGCUGUUCAUAUGGAUGUCUGGUUUCAUUAAACUUCUUUUCAUUGUACACCAGUUUGCUCACGGUCUUUUUUACUAGCCUCUACUGUCCUCAACAAUAACAGAUU